GAGUGUCAUCUUCAUCCCCGACCGACUCGUUACUCUGAGUAUAAAACAAGCUUAUUUAGAGGGACACUCAUACCCUGUUUCCAACCUCUAGAAAGCUCUUAAUAAUGGCAGGUCUGAUACUGCUCCUGGUUGCACCAAUAAUGCUGGUCACUGGAGAUCCACUGAUGGCAAUGGCAAGCUGUGUGGAAACAGACGGAGGGUUCGUGGCCUUCACUGCGGUUCUACAACCUCCAAGUGGGGACGGGUCUGAUGGCUUUCAAUCCAUGGGACCCUACAGCAGUGACACCACAAUCAUUUAUGGCAAUGUGAUCACCAAUAUUGGAGAUGCCUAUAAUUCAGCAACAGGGAUCUUCACUGCUCCAGUGAAAGGAGUCUACUUCUUUACCUUCACUACCUACAGUUGGGUGACAGAGAAAGACAUCGGUGUCCAGCUGAUGAAGAACACUGAUGUAGUGUUGACGGUUUGGGAAUGGCAGGACAAGGGUGAUAAUGAAGACUAUGCCUCCAACUCAGUGGUUCUGCAGCUGCAGGUUGGAGACAUGGUGUACAUGAGACUCCCCAAAAAUUUCUACAUUGCAGCUAGCAGGUUACACAAUGUUAACACCUUCACAGGUUAUCUGCUUCGUCAGAUGUGAGGGAGCCCUUUUAAAAUUGUGAUAAAGGGUUAACAAAUGGAAAGAUCAUAAUGUUUAAAAAAGUAGAAAUGUAACCAUAGAAUUCUAUUUCUAUGUAACUGAAAUAAAUAAAUGAGCAGCAUCUUC